AUGGUGCGCGAUGUGCUCCAAUUAGAAUCGGGUGUUCGAGCGAGAUGGAAGACAUGAAAGUCUCCCUGGAGUCUCUCUACACCAACAAGGUGAAGGAGAUCGACUACGAGGGAGAGGAACACUACCAAGAGCGUUCAAGCCUCUCUCAGCACGUGACGGAGUUGGCCCAGCGAGUCGACUUCAGUGAGGUAACUGAGGGAAAGGAAGGAGAGCCAGCUGUCAAGAAAGCCACCCAAAAAUGGCCCUGGGAGCAGCCUCACUCUAAACUGAAGCAGGCGCUAACAGAGGUGAGUGUGCUGGCAGACAUGCUCCACAUUCUCCAUGACCAUCGCCACUACAUGGCGAUGGACACAGUGGCCCCUCGUCCUACUCCUUCCCUCCCUCUCGCCUUCCAGUACAUCGUCAAGAAGAAGGCUCUGGCUAGAGCAGCAGAGAUCUUGAAGCGUGGAACUGAAGCUCUCACCCACUCGUCUUCCCGAGAGGAACGAGCGUUCCAUCGUGCUCUGGCCGAGCUCCGUCGCAGGUGGCGUGUGAGGCGGGCUCCAAAUGGAAACAUUCUAGGAGACCUCGGCUAUUCCACGGCUGGUUCAACGCAUGUGCCCCAGAGCCGAGCCAUCUUUGAGGUGAAGAAAUCCACGGGGACAGAGAGCUCUCAGGCAGUUAGCCAGCCUCCAGCCGAGGAACAGGGUAAGGAGAAGGAGAUCCUGUCCAUCACCAUCUUCAGGGAGCUGAGGGGUAGCAGUGAGGUCGUCAUCUUUCUCUCUUCCUCUCCUGUUAGAGCGUGUGAGAGUAUGUCAGCGGUGGGGACCAUUCCCCGUGUCCCUCCCCGCCGACCACUCCCCUCCUGGGAGACCAAGAUCCUUGCGGCACAGAACAUCAUCUUCAACCAGGAACUCUUUUCUCACUUGACUAAGGAAGCCUACAAUACAAAGACGACUCUACCUUAUGAGGUCUAUACCGACAGAAUCAUAGCACCCCUGAGUCUGAAUCCUCCGUGCUGGCUUUCAGUACACCAUGUCAGAGAAUACGAUGACAACAAACAAAGGCUCGAGCCGGUGGUGGUAGUUCCGUCUGAGCUUCCCCCGGUCCGCUGGGACCUGGUGGUGGCGGCUAAACUCCUCCUGAGACAGAGGCACCUCCGCAGUGUUGCCCUGUUCCCACCCAGACCCACGUCCACCAGGUACACCGACAACCCCACCCUCCAGAAUGCCGGAGCCAACGCCCUCAGCGACUCGAAGAUCAAGACAGCAGAUAAGAAGGACAAUAUCUUCCAGUCACUUCUAAAAAUGGCCAAACACAUGCACAACGAAGAAAGACUGAGGCAGUGGUUGGUGGAGUUGGUGGGGUCCAGCAGAGGAGACCCAGUCCUCCAGCUGCACUGGGUACCCAGUCUCUCCAUGACCGAGACCGCCGUCUACCUCCACGUCAAGUCUGAAGGCGGCGGGUUAGCCGACUUGCAAAGUUUAUAUGUGUGUAUUUGAUUGGCAUUGGUGUAUUGGCGAGCGAGGCUAGUGGGUGUGAAUGAUCUAUCCCAGUGAUACUGUCACACAUAGAAACCGUAAUGUUGUGUGUGUUUCGUAAACUGCUGAAAUUCUGCACUUGUGUUUGCCCGCCAAGAAUUGGUUCUAUUUUAUCCCGACCUGGAUAUGUUUUUUUCCAGUUAGAUUGUUUUUUCUCAGCCACAGUGUCAAUGUCCAGUUGAGUGUGGAGACAGUGACAGUGGGUCUGGUGGAGGGAGGGACCGCUUCCUGCCCCAUGGACAAAGACAAGCUCCUCGGCAUCCUCAGGCACCAGGUGGUGGUGUACCAGAUGUUCACGGCAGUCCAGGUAGCGGAGAAGGCUAGCUGGAUCAUUCUCCAGUCCUUCACUCGUCCUCAACUCAGCUCGACUCUGGCUCGAGACAGCGGCAACUACCUGGAGGCCUGUAACAUCCUACUGCAGUCCCCCGACGCUCACAAUAAGCUGGAUAUCUUGUUGGAGUGGAAGCACGUGUCAGUCAGUAAGACGCACACCAAUGCCAGCGAUGCAGAUGGUCCUUGUACUGCCACAAAAUUCAAGAUGGACUCUAAAUUCGGACAAUCGUUUCAUCAGCGCUUCUCAAACCUUCUAGGGACCAUGGCCUAGAUUAUCAUCAUUCUCACACACAUGUACAUGAUUUUGUAACGGUACUAAAAUGCUGUAUACUGAUUGUGGUUAGCUCUGGCUGUCACUGUUACUGGCAGGGUCAGGGUCUUCAUCUUUUUCUACGUCUUGCUCUGAUUCUUUAUCCCUCUGUCUUUCCCCUAUUUUUGCUCUUAUCUCUUUUCCGGGGCUUUUCUUUGUUUCUUUCCCUGUCUUGUCCCUCAACCUUAUCCCCACGUCCUGUUUUAGGCCGGUUUGGAGAUUUCUUUGCUGAAUCCUUUUCUUUACUUUUCUGUGCUACUCCCUCUACUGCCAACUCCUUCCCUGUUGACUUGAGACUAGCCUGUGGUUCUCUUUUAGCUUCGUCUGGUCUACCACCACCAAGUUCAUCCUUCUUUCUUUGGUCUUUGGACUUUUUCUUCCCCUCUAGACCUGGCUGUUGGAUCGUGGUCUCCGUUGGCUGGGAUACCUUUCCCUUUUCUUUGACUCUUUCUGUUUCUUCAAGUGGCUCUUCUUGCUCUUUCAAGUCUUGUUCCCUGUCAGCCUCUGAGAGAAUGGCUGUUAGUGCCAAUGCUUCAAUGUCAACACUGUUCUUUUCCUCCUCCUUUGCUUUUGCUUUCUGCCUUGUAUUUCUCUGUUCUUUAUUCUCCCUCUCACUUUCUUUUUCUGCCCCGCCGUUAGGUUCUUCUUUACUCUCAUCCUCUGCUCCUUCUAACGUACUCUCCCCCUCAUAAUCUUGCUGCUGUAUCUUAUCCUUUGUCGACUUUCUCUUUUCUCUAACUUUUUCUGCUUUUGGUACCUCUACCUCUUUCAAGUCUUUUUUCUUGUCACCCUCUGCGGGAGUAUAGUCGAUGUUCAUUGCCAGAGCCUCAAUGGUAGCUCUCUGUUCCUGUUUCUCCUUUUCGGCCUUCUCACUUUCCUCUUCAAUCUUCUUCAAGUCUGCAGCUAUGUCGACAAUCCCAUACUUCUCCAGUUUGCCUUUCUUCUUAGCCCGCAUCAGAACCUGCUGCUCCGCCCUGGCCAUGUUCUCUCCACUGUCCCUCAGGAAUCGCCACAUGACCCAGCGUCCCAGCCAGAUGAAUGGGAGUAAACAGC